AUGCCGCAAUCAUAUCGACACAACCUCCCCCCGGUCCGGGAGGCUUCCUCCCAACAAGAGAUGGAUGGCAUCACAGAUGUCAGGGAGGAUCACCCGUAUUCUAGAGACCAAGAAAAGGACAAUGUUAACCAACCAUGGAGCAGAAGAUCGUCGAUUGUAGCAUACAUGUGCAUCCUCAUUGUCGUUUAUGUCUGCUCCCUUCAGCAGCAAAUCAGCGCAAGCCUUCUCACCCACAUCAUGAGCUCAUUUGGACAACACCCUUUUAUUGCGUUCUCGGGAAUGCUUCAAAGUAUAUUCGGCACGGUAUGUACUUUGCCUCUGGCAAAAGUCAUUAAUAACCGUGAAUAUACCAUGGCCUGUAUUUGGGCCUUCGCCUGGACAAUAACAGGGCUUGUGUUAACAGCGACCUCAAAGUCUGUAAGCGCCUUUAUAGUACACCAGAUGUCUUGUUGGUGUGGGUAUUAUGGGAUUUUCUACAUCUUGGACGUUAUGAUCGCCGACAUGUCCUCACUCGAGCAUCGCGCCUUGCUUCUUGCAUUCGCGAGGGCGCCUUAUAUCAUGAAUGCGUUCGUCGCACCCAAUAUCGCACAGCUAAUCUAUCAGCACAAUACCUGGCGCUGGGCCUAUGGUUCUUUUGCAAUCCUUCUUUUCUUGGCGUUCAUUGCCUUGCUCAUAUUUCUCAGCAGCCAAGGGACUCGGACGGCCAGGGUUAAAGAUAGAGCUGACGAAACAAAUAUCCCGACUUUGAGUCACAAUUUCAAGAUCUUUUUGCUUCAAUUCGAUGUGGUCGGCCUUUUUCUUCUCGCUAUGGUGAUCCCGGCCCUUUUAAUACCAUUUGGUGGUGAGAAAGAUCGGACCAUUUCAGAAAAAGUCGUAUCUGUAGCUGUAGGUGGUGUGUUCUUAUUGGCUUUCGGAAUCUGGGAGACCGUCCAUGCCCCCUUUCAGCUUGUACCUCUGGGCCUACUCCUCCGCUCAACCGUACUGGGUGUGUGUCUCGCCGGACUGAUCUUAUUCACCAACUUCUACUGCUUGAAUACGUAUUUCAUGUCGUAUCUUCAAGUUGUUUACAACUUCUCAAUCCCCGAAGCUGGUUUUAUUCACAAUAUUUACGUCACCGGUGCUUGCUUUACUGCCAUACUAACGGGAGUGUUAAUACGAGCCACAGGGAAAUUUAAACUGUUGGCGAUUAUCGCAAUGGUCUGGCAUUUUAUCGCAACAGGUCUCAUCUUGCACUUCCGUCGGCCCAAUAAUAUACCCGCCACCCUGAUUGUUCUCUUUCAAGCACUAGUUUCCAUCUCGGGCGGGGUAUUGGGAAUAUGUGGACAAAUCGCGAUAAUGGCAGCAACACCUGAUUCGAAUGUGGCAGCCGUGCUCUCAUUGCUUAGUUUGUUCACGGGCCUAGGGGCCGCAAUCGGGCAAGUUGUAGCCUCCGCUAUAUACACCCAUUCCAUGCCGAGGGCGCUAUCCAAAUACCUGCCUGCGGACACCCGGCCCUGGGCCAAGCAUAUAUAUGGCAGCAUCACCCAGCAAUUGAGUUAUCCAAUGACCAGCCCUGUCCGACAGGCUAUUAUUCAAUCAUACAGUGAAUGCAUGCGGUAUAUGUGUCUAGCAGCGUUGUGUGUCCUACCUAUUUCGUUACUAUCAGUCAUGAUGUGGAAGAAUAUCGGGGUCGGAAACGCCAAGCGUGCUCAGGUCGAAGCGAUUUGAAGGCGUGGAGUUUCUAAACUUCAUCACAACAUCGGUCCGCGAUUAUCAUUACUCUUCAUGUCAAUAUUAAUAUAGACGCGGCUAAUUUCUGUCUGUUGGCAGCGACGUGGUCGUGGAUUAAGCGGCUCACAUGCGAUUUAACAUUGGUUUGUCAGCGGCUUGUCCUGAAGAGGAGACGAUUACAAAUGGCGGGGAGACUGACUUAGGCUCACUCGAGUUAUCUGAGUAAUCCGGCGCGAGGUUGAGGCCGAGAAAUAAGCAGCUCCGACC